AUGGAUACUGAUCUGGACCAAGUUCUCUGCACUGUGCUUUCUCUAGAAGAAGACUAUCCAACAAUGUCUACUCCCCCAAGGUUCCAGGACAACUUCUCUAGGACUCCAAGCAUCUCUCCUGAUGGUUUCUUACCUACAGAAAGCCAAACUGAUCUACAAGACUCCUCCACCAUACAACAAAAGCUGCUGGAAAUUUAUACCCUCUUGGGGCUCCAACAAGAGGCACGGGCCAAAAAAUCCAUAACCUCCAAGGAGCCUGCAAAUAAGCACACUAUUAAUCGGAAUCCAUUAAAAAGAAAGUUGGAAGAAGAUGAGAAUGAAGGAUGCAAGCAACCCAGAGUCAAUAUUCAGAAUUUCCAGAACAGCAACUCCAAAGCCCAAUGUAGAAAGAGGACAAACUUCAACGAGGAGCAGACUGCCUUCUUGAUGAAUGAGUUUGAUCGUAACCCCUAUCCAAAUUUCUCAAAGAGGUGCCAUAUUGCUAAUAUAACUGGGAUUUCUGAACCCAGAAUACAGGUUUGGUUCCAGAACAGAAGAGCAAGACAUCUCUCAAAAGAUAUGAAAUCCCAAAGCCCCCAGGGUAGUCAGUUCUCAACUCCCAGAGAUCUUCCCAACAUUUUUCAGAAUCAAUACCAGAAUCUACAAAUCAAUGGACAUUUCCAGAUGCCAGGAAACAUGAGGAUGCUAAACUGA